AUGCCCAUUCGGUCGCUCUCGAUACUGUACGACCCCGUGGUUCCCCCUGACGUCGUCGUGUGCAUCGUCCUCUCGACUCUCCUCCUCGCGCUCAUCCUCAUGCUUCGCCCGCCCAUGUCCAACGCCCCUUCCGAAUGGUGGUCCCGCCUCCGCGCACUCGUCUUCUCCCCCACCUCUCCACGUUCUUCCGCCACAAGCCCCGCUUCCCCCUCCGCUGCCUCGCUCUCGACCGCGGCAGUAUCCGCGCUGUCUCCGCACACUCAACCGCUGUCGCUUUCCCCCGCAUGCGGGGCGGGGAAGCUCUCUCCUGCUCCGCGGACCGGCGCGCUGUUUCCCGGCGGACCCGACGGCGGGUGGGCGCAGAGCGACGGGUGGGAAACGAGUGGCAGUGCGCACAGCAGGGGGGGAGGCAGCCACACGACGUCCGCGCUCUCGCCUGGUGGCGGCAUGGGCGCUGCGGGGGUAACGGCGGAAGAGGUGGCGGUAGUGAAGGUGAGGGGGUUCCACUCGCUGGCGCGGGAGUGCGUGGAGCGGGCGGUGAGCGCGGAGGAGCGGGGGAAGGGCAGCAAGGCAGUGGCGUACUACCGCAAGGCGCUGGAGAUCAUCCACGAGGGGCUCGGCGCAGGCGCGCGCAGGUACGUGCGCGCAUGGGUAGCGCAGCUAGAGGCAGGUCGCAGGUCACGUGGUAGCGUGGUGGCAGGGGAGCAGCUCGUGCCACUCAUCCCAUGUGCUGCUCCCCUUUCCUCCCAUGCGCUUCUCUUAUUUUCCCCCCUUCUAUCCCCCCCACCCCCCUUUCCUUCCCCCCGCGCCAGCACAUCACCUGAAGUGCGGCGCUGCCAUGCUGACCUCACGCGGUGGUCCGCUGACGUCACCCAGCGGCUGUCCGUGCUGCUGCACUCUCAUUCAGCCUCCCCACCAGCGCAGCACAGGGGGGGGAAGCCCGCGCUGGGCGGCGCAGCUGGGGGCAGGGACGGCGGGCGGAGUGGGGGGGGAAAGGAGGGGGCGAGUGUGGGGGGCGUGGAUGCGCAGCUGGUGGCGGUGGUGGAGGGGGAGAUCGUGGACGCACGACCCAGUGUGCGCUGGGAUGACAUCGUGGGCCUUGAGGGCGCGAAGCAGGCGCUACAGGAGAUGGUCAUUCUGCCUGCACUGCGCUCCGACCUCUUCCAGGGCAUCCGCCGCCCGCCCCGAGGGCUGCUGCUGUACGGGCCACCGGGCAACGGCAAGACGAUGCUGGCCAAGGCAGUGGCGGCAGAGGCGCGAGCCACCUUCUUCAACAUCAGCGCCGCCACCCUCACCUCCAAAUGGAUGGGCGAGUCGGAGAAGCUAGUGCGGGCACUGUUUGCGGUGGCGGCCCAGCGCCAGCCGUCCAUCAUCUUCAUAGACGAGAUUGACAGUGUGUUGAGUGCGAGGGCGGCCAACGAGCAUGAGGCGAGUCGGCGGCUCAAGACGGAGUUCCUGCUGCAGUUCGAUGGCGUGCUCACUGCCCAAUCCGACCAUGUCGUUGUCAUCGGAGCCACCAACCGCCCCCAGGAGCUGGAUGAGGCCGUGCUGCGCCGACUGGUGAAGCGCAUCUUCAUUCCUCUGCCCGAUGCAGCAGCGCGCAGUGCACUCUUGCGCCACCUCACACGAGGCCGUGACUUCGCCCUCUCAGAUGCUGACAUGCAGCGCAUCGUCUCUCUCACUCAAGGGUACUCAGCGAGUGACCUGAAGGCGCUGUGCCAGGAGGCGGCCAUGGGGCCCAUCAGAGAGCUGGGAGGCCGGAUAGCCACAGCCAGCGCUCAUGAGGUGCGGGCGGUGCGGGCGAGUGACAUGCACGCAGCGCUGUCUGUCAUCCGUGCCACCUGCUCACCUGACCGCCUGGAAGCCAUGCACCAGUGGUCUGUUGACUUUGGAGCUGCCCUUUGA